UAUAAAGACCACUCAUCACCUGAAGACUACGAGCAACUCAGAGAGUGGGCAGAAUACAGCUUGUCUGCAUCUGAUCUGUUCUUUCUGGAACAUUCUGAAAAUACCUGCAGAGUUUUAGAGUGUUUAACUUCUUAAUCAAGUGAAUAGUUCACUUUCGCCAGAAUGAGUUGGAUAUUUUUGCUGUUGACCGCCGCGUCGUUGGCGUACGUCCAAGCUACCUGGUUCAGCUGGAUAAGUACCUGCAACAGUUGUGCCGCCAAUACCCACUGCGUCAACAACAAAUGUCUGUGUUUGGCAGGUCACCUCGGCAACCCGUACUUCCACUGCUACCACAAUAACAACGCCUACUGCUCCAUCACCUACGACCCCGUGGUCCGCACCUUUGGGGGUGAGCGACUCAGCGUCAACGGCCUGCUGUCCAGCUACGUGGCUGAGGUCAGGACCAACCGUGUGGCUCUCUGGAGCGGUCACUGUAACCUGGCUCUGUGGGCCAUGACCGAGAGGGUCAAGGGCAAGUCCUACAUCAAUGAAGUCCAGCUCCGUCUGACCCAAACUGAUGCUUUGAAAAAUCAGCAUUUCUAUGAGCUUAGGAUCCUGACUUCAGCUCUAAAUGGCAAGUUCUCCUGGAGCGUCGAGUACCGUCUACAGGACCGAGGCAGCUUCGUCCAUCUCCACACCUUCAAGAACGAGCUUCUCUCCAUCCGUUUCAAGAUCAUCCUCAUCAACAGCUGCACCAUCAAGUUCACCCUCAUGGACUCCCACAUCCUCAAGGUCGAGAUCAUCUGCUGCGGCAUCCUCUUCGGCAUUCGACCUUUCAACCCUGCAGAGCCCAAGGUCAUACCGGGUAUUUUCCUUGAAGUGACCAAGACACACCAACCAACCUUCGACCGCUGGAGCAACACCCAGCAACCCCUCUGUCUAGACACGGACGGCUACGCUGCCAGAAACAUCUCCAUGGAAACGGGAAUAACAAACCAAAAAAAGGCCAUGACCCUACUUGGACUGAUGAACGGUGGGCCUCUCGACUUUUUCGGCGCGGCGAAAAAUCUCCUACAGCUGACAACGUCUUUAAAAAGAUGUUCCUUCAGUAUCUUGAACAAGCUCUCGGUCUCAAUUUGGUGGUCCAUUUUUAAUCACCCCCCGUUGAAGAGCUGUGUCUGCGGAAGUCGAUCCGGCUGGGACGGGUACGUGGAUUUUUUACUGCUCGUGCUGGACUGGUGUUGUCAUGGUGUUUCCUCCAGCUGUAGAAGCGCGCAGAAUGUGCUGAAAGAGCGGUGCGCGGGGGAGAUGCGCCAUGACAGCGGUAUCAGACGACUCUUUGAGGCCGAUUGUUCUAAAGUCUGGUGAGUUCGUGGCACCCAGGACUGACCCCAUGAAGUAUUCAAAGUGUUAAAACACUACCCAACGCUUCUGAAGUUAUAUACCACGUUUUUUCAAAAGAAGUUUUUAAAAAUAAAAAUCGCAACU